CAGGGCCUUCCUGAUGUAUAUAUGCAGGUAGUGUGAUUUGAAACGGCCCUUUGAAACAGUAAUAGAAUAAAACUCUGAUUUGGGGAGUAGCAGUUCUCCUCAGUUUUCUACUGUCUUGUGGGAAUGAGUUGCCAACCUUUUACUUCGGCUGAUACCUUUAUACCUCUGAAUUCUGAGGCUUCUGCAACUCUGCCUCUAAUCAUGCAUCACAGCGCUGCUGAGUGCCUCCCAGUCUCUAACCAUCCCACCAACGUGAUGUCCACAGUCCCGUCUAUUUUGUCUUUGAUCCAAACUCCUAAAUGUUUGCACGCAUAUUUCUUGGUGACAACAUUGGGAAACACAGCAACAGGACUUCAUUACUCUGUUCCUUCCUGUCACUAUGGAAACCAGCCAUCGACCUAUGGAGUGAUGGCAGGUAGCUUAACCCCUUGUCUUUAUAAGUUUCCUGACCAUACCUUGAGUCAUGGCUUCCCUCCCCUGCCCCAGCCUCUUCUGGCAGAGGACCCCGCCGUCACUGAUUUCAAGCAGGAACUCAGGCGGAAAAGUAAAUUGGUUGAAGAGCCAAUAGACAUGGAUUCUCCGGAAAUCCGAGAACUUGAGAAGUUUGCCAAUGAAUUUAAAGUGAGAAGAAUUAAGUUAGGAUACACCCAAACCAACGUCGGGGAAGCCCUUGCAGCUGUGCACGGCUCUGAAUUCAGUCAAACAACUAUCUGCCGAUUCGAAAACCUGCAGCUCAGCUUUAAAAACGCAUGCAAGCUAAAAGCAAUAUUAUCGAAAUGGCUGGAGGAAGCUGAGCAAGUAGGAGCUUUAUACAAUGAAAAAGUGGGAGCAAAUGAAAGAAAAAGAAAGCGAAGAACAACUAUAAGUAUUGCUGCUAAAGAUGCUCUGGAGAGACAUUUUGGAGAACAGAAUAAACCUUCCUCUCAAGAGAUCAUGCGAAUGGCUGAAGAACUGAAUCUUGAGAAAGAAGUAGUAAGAGUUUGGUUUUGCAAUCGAAGGCAGAGAGAAAAACGGGUGAAAACAAGUCUGAAUCAGAGUUUAUUUACUAUUUCUAAGGAGCAUCUUGAAUGCAGAUAAAAUUUAUUAUUGUGUGAUAGCUGAUUUUUCUCUAGUUUUCAUUCCUUUCUCUUCUCCAACAAAAAUAGAAAUUAGUUAUUUGGUUGGUUUCAAAAAUCAUUUUAUAUCAAUAACUUUUGCAGAAGCUUUCCUACUUUUUUAAAAAGAAGACAAUUAUUUAAAUAUUGAUGAAUUAUUUUCUUUAAAAUAAUUAUUCUCAGAAGCCAAACUGUACAUUUUUAAACCAAAGAUACCAAUAGGAAUAAAACAGUGAUUCUCUCU